CCAAAAUCUCAAACCAGUUUUCCUCCCUUCAUUGUCUUCCACUUUCCGUUUGGAGAGCAAGAAAAAAGAAUGAUGGGAAACAAGGCCUCCUGUUGGGUUGUCUUCUUGUUGUUCAUUUUCUCAAGCUUUCUGGCCGAGAGCCAUGGAAAAACAAUGAAGCAGAUAGAGGCACUGGAUAUUCUCCAGAAGGCCAAGCUGCAUGGAAAUUCAGGCAUAGACACCAACCUUUUUGAAGUGAAUGAAGUUGAAAAUGGAGCUGAAACUGAAAGCCAUAAGAUUCAUCCACAGGAGGGACUGAAGGAGAAAGACAGGAUUGAUAUGUUGCCUGGACAACCACAUGUUGGGUUCAACCAGUAUGGUGGGUAUGUCACCAUUGACGAAUCCAAGGGCAAAGCUUUGUACUACUACUUUGCUGAAGCACCAUUCAGCAAGAAGUCUUUGCCUCUUCUUCUCUGGCUUAAUGGAGGUCCUGGUUGUUCUUCUCUUGCUUACGGAGCAAUGCAAGAGCUCGGCCCAUUUAGGGUCCAUAGCGAAGGCAAAACACUUUAUAGAAACCAAUAUGCAUGGAACAAGGUUGCAAAUGUAUUGUUCCUGGAGUCACCUGCCGGAGUAGGGUUCUCAUACUCUAACACAACAUCUGAUUACCGGAACGGUGGAGACCGGAAAACGGCGAAAGACAACUAUGCCUUUCUGGUGAACUGGCUGGAGAGGUUUCCUGAGUACAAGAAGAGGGAUUUCUACAUUUCUGGUGAAAGCUAUGCUGGGCAUUAUGUACCUCAACUUGCACAUACCAUUCUUCAUCACAACAAGAAGGCAGAUGGGCCCAUCAUCAACCUCAAAGGGAUCAUUAUUGGAAAUGCAGUGAUCAAUGAUGAAACCGAUGAGCUUGGAAUGUACCAGUACUUUGGGAGUCAUGCUCUUGUUUCAGAGAAAACCAUACGCCAAAUGGAGAAACACUGUAAUUUCUCCCCCGGAGCCGCCAGCCAGAGCAAGGAAUGUACAAAAGCUUCUGAUGAAGUUGAUGAUAACAUUGACGCUCUCGAUAUCUACAACAUUUACGCCCCAUUAUGUUUCAACACCAAUCUCACAUUCAAGCCCAAGAAAGUCACACCUGAAUUCGAUCCAUGCAGCGAUUACUACGUGUAUGCUUAUCUGAAUAGGGCUGAUGUUCAAAAGGCCCUCCAUGCCAAUGUGACCAAGCUCAAGUAUGACUGGGAACCUUGCAGUGACGUUAUCCAAAAUUGGACAGAUAGCCCCUCCACCAUCAUUCCCCUUCUGCACGAGUUCAUGGAAAAUGGUCUUCGUGUAUGGGUAUUUAGUGGGGAUACGGAUGGAAGGGUGCCAGUAACAUCAACCAUGGCUUCUAUUGAUACGAUGAAGCUCUCUGUAAAGACUCCAUGGCACCCUUGGUUCGUUGCUGGGGAGGUUGGUGGAUAUACAGAAGUGUACAAGGGAGAUCUAACAUUUGCUACAGUAAGAGGAGCAGGGCACCAAGUGCCAAGUUUCCGGCCCAAGAGAGCUCUUUCACUCAUUUCUCACUUCCUUUCUGGCACUCCUCUUCCCAGGCGUUCAUCAAAACACUGAUGGGCCGCUUCAAUAUUUUUCGUGCCUUUUAGUCAUAAUGGUUAAUUCGCUGCUGAUCUGUUGCUCAUUCAUCCUUCUAUUUGAUUCUUAUGAAUUGUUCAAAAUUAUACAUAUUUAGUAUAUAAAUUUAUUGGCUUGGUCGAAUUCCAAUUAC